AUGGCCAAUUCGGGCCUGCAACUGCUGGGCUUUUCAAUGGCCAUGCUUGGCUGGGUGGGCCUGAUAGCGAGCACUGCCAUUCCUCAGUGGCAGAUGAGCUCGUAUGCUGGCGACAACAUCAUCACAGCCCAGGCCAUGUACAAGGGGCUCUGGAUGGAGUGCGUCACGCAGAGUACCGGCAUGAUGAGCUGCAAAACGUACGACUCAGUGCUCGCCCUGCCGGCGGCUCUGCAGGCCACUCGAGCCCUAAUGGUGGUGUCCCUGGUGUUGGGAUUCCUGGCCAUGUUUGUCGCCACGAUGGGCAUGAAGUGUACAAGCUGUGGGGGUGAUGACAAAGUGAAGAAGGCCCGUAUAGCCAUGACCGGAGGCAUUGUUUUCAUCGUGGCAGGUCUUGCUGCCUUGGUAGCAUGCUCCUGGAUUGGUCAUCAGAUUGUCACGGACUUUUAUAACCCCUUGACACCCAUGAAUGUUAAGUAUGAGUUUGGUCCUGCCAUCUUUAUUGGCUGGGCAGGGUCUGCUCUGGUCCUCCUGGGAGGUGCCCUGCUCUCUUGCUCCUGUCCUGGCAGUGAAAGCAAAGCUGUAUACCGUGCACCCCGCUCCUACCCUAAGUCGAAUUCUGCCAAGGAAUAUGUGUGA